AUGAAAUUUGAUCACAUAUCAUCAUCAUCAGGAAAAAACAAUUCCACUAUGUAUAGUAUGAAUAAAAAAGAAACUAUUAUUGAACGAACUCAAUCAAUUGUUGCACGAUUAUUAGGUGCAACUAAUGUUGAUCGUAUAGUUAUUGAUCGUUCACUUGUUAGUCAAGGUAUGGAUUCAUUAGCUGCUGUUUCAUUAUAUAAUUGGUUAGAUCAAGAAACUGGCAUUUAUAUACCAUUAGUUGAUCUUCUUCAAGGACUUUCAAUUAAAACAAUUGAAACACUUGUUUAUAAAUCGAUGUGA